GCGCUGGGUUCGCAAAAAACCCAAUGAACCCAAGACAAACCCAGUGCGCAUUCUGGGUUUGCGACAAACCUAGCAUGUGCCUGGGUGGGUUCGUCCUGGGUUCGCGAAGAACCUAGCUCGCGCUUGGGUUUGUCGCGAACCCAGAAGGCACGUGCUAGGAUGAAGUUGAAGCAAACAAAGGUGGAUUGCGAGUAUUUAAAGAGGUGCUGCGAGAAUUUGACGGAGGAAAAAAGGCUGUUGCAGAAGGAGGUGCAGGAGCUUCGAGCAUUGAAACUCUCUUUGCAGCUCUACAUAAACAUGAAUCCUUCCACCACCCUCACCAUGUGCCCAUCCUGUGAAAGCAUAGCAGUUCAAUCCUCGUCUUCUAAUUCUACGACUGCUUCAUCCACUUCAGCUCCCAACCACCAACAAAGGCUGAUACCCUUUAGUCCUUGGGCUAGUUUGCCAAUUGGCCACCAUCGACUGCUUGAUGCUCUGGCAUCUAGAUCGUAACCGUCAAUGGGAUGAUGGGGUUGGGGACAUUGAUGUUUUGGAAGCUUGUGUAUGAAUAUGUUUGGAGGAAAUUAAUGAU